AUGGACAUCGGCGGACGAGAGCCUUCGCCCAUCGUGGAGCAUCCGGUGAACCUCGCUGGCGUGGCGCCGGGCAAGGCGACGCGCAGCGCCAGCGGCAGCACUCUGCCGACGUACGAGCUGGACCCGGCGACGCAGCAGCUGCUGGAGGAGAACGAGGGCAUGCUGUACGAGAUCAGCAGCCUCACGCGCGACCUCCAGGCGACGCGCGGCGAUGUCGCCAAGCUGCAGGCCGCCCUUGCGGCGAAGGAGCGCGAGCUCGAGGCGUUGCGGGAAAAACUUGGCGACGCCAACGUGCAUGCACGCGACGCGUCUGGGCGCGUCAUCAACUACAAGACGGAGUGUGAGCGGCUGACGCUCGACAACAGGCGCCUCAAGGAGGAGUACGACAAGGUCUACGACGAGCUGAACAAGCAGGCGGAAAUGAUCCGCAGCGACAUGAGCGAGAUGCAGACCGGGAGCGCACGAUCCAACGCGUCGGCGCAGGUGGAGCAGCUCCACCGCGAGAUGCAGAGCUUCUGCACCACCGUCGACUGCAUCGUCAACUCGCUGAGGCGCUGCAUCGUUGUGGGCGUCAAGGACCGCGACCGCGUGCUGGAGAGCACGCAGAAGGAGCUCAACGAGAUCCAGCGCAUGACCGACACGCUGCACCGCCGCAGCGUGGCGGAUGAGGGCCGCAUUCAAGAUCUGAUGGCGGCGUUCCGCAAGGCCGGCUCCCUCCUGUCGCCAGGUGACUUGGCAAUUGUGGUUCGCUGCAUGAUUGCGCAGUCGCUGGAGGCCGGACUUACCGCGACGGAGGGCAACCUGCGGGCAAUCCAGUUCCUCAUCGCCGACGACAUGGAGAGCAGCAGCAACAGUGACGCCAGCAGAACGCGGGGAGGGGACAACAAGCGUGUGAACGGCGCGGUGAAGAGUGCAGUGCUGCACAAGAUGCGCAAGCCCAGCAAGUAG